AUGGAUAAGAAUAAAACUCAUUUGAGUAUUGUCGUAAUAGGUCAUGUAGAUUCCGGAAAAUCUACAACAACCGGUCAUUUAAUUUAUAAAUGUGGUGGGAUAGAUAAACGCGUGAUUGAAAAAUUUGAAAAAGAGUCGGCAGAAAUAGGAAAGGGAUCUUUCAAGUAUGCUUGGGUGUUAGACAAACUAAAAGCAGAACGAGAACGGGGUAUUACUAUUGAUAUAUCUCUGUGGAAAUUCAAGACUAAGAAAUACGAAAUCACGAUAAUCGAUGCACCCGGGCAUAGGGACUUUAUCAAGAAUAUGAUAACGGGUACAUCUCAAGCUGACUGCGCCAUUCUAGUUAUAGCCAGUGGCGCAGGGGAAUUUGAAGCCGGCAUCUCCUCGGGAGGACAAACUAGAGAGCAUGCUAUGCUUGCUUUCACUCUAGGCGUUAAGCAAAUGAUUGUUGUUGUAAACAAAAUGGAUACAGUGAAGUACGACAAAGGACGCUUUGAAGAAAUAGUUGAAGAAGUCAAAAACUUCUUAAAAAAAGUGGGUUACAACCCAAAUACCAUUCCUUUCAUCCCCAUUUCUGGUUACCAUGGGGAUAAUAUGCUGGAAGCUACAUCAAAUAUGCCAUGGUACCAAGGCUGGAACAUUGAACGUAAAUCAGGAAAAGUCAGCGGGAAAACCUUGGUUGAAGCCUUGGACGCGAUAAUUCUCCCCAAAAGACCAACGGAUAAGCCUUUGAGGCUUCCUCUCCAAGAUGUUUACAAAAUUGGUGGUAUCGGAACCGUACCAGUCGGCCGUGUAGAGACUGGAAUAUUAAAACCAGGUAUGGUUGUAAGGUUUGCCCCAGGAAAUAUUAGUGCCGAAGUUAAAUCUGUUGAGAUGCAUCAUGAAUCCAUAUCGGAGGCAGGUCCCGGAGAUAACGUAGGAUUUAACGUAAAAAAUAUAUCUGUUAAAGAUAUACAUAGAGGAUAUGUCGCUGGCGACGAAAAGAAUGAUCCUCCUAAGGAGUGCAUCUCUUUCACAGGGCAAGUUAUCAUUACCAGUCAUCCCGGGCAAAUUGUCAAGGGCUAUACACCUGUAUUAGACUGUCACACAGCACAUAUAGCCUGUAAAUUUUCAGAGUUAAUCGAGAAAGUAGACAAACGCACUGGUAAAAGUGUGGAGGCUGAGCCGAAAUUCAUUAAGAACGGAGAUGCUGCUAUUGUAAAACUGACCCCCACGAAGCCAAUGUGCGUUGAAUCAUUUAGUGAGUACCCCCCACUUGGGCGCUUCGCAGUCAGAGAUAUGCGUCAAACGGUGGCUGUGGGUGUCAUUAAAGCAGUUGAGAAGAAGGAGGUUGCCAAAAAAAACAACCGAGCAGAGUCUCCCAACUCUACCGCUUCGGUGUAUAUAAGACUCCAAACUAACUGGUACGUGCAGAUUUACAACUCGCGUGACGGUUGGCAGGUCUAUGCCGCGGGAUGCCCUUUCGGUAGCGAUUAUAAAAGCGCCGAAUAUAAAUACCGUAUUUGGAGGCCCUCGUUGGUUCUCUCCCUUACUUUUUGCACUCCUCUUUGCGCUCUUUGCUCUAGUUUGUUCGCUAUGGGAAAGGAGAAAGUUCACAUUUCGAUUGUCGUGGUGGGCCAUGUAGACUCCGGUAAGUCAACUACUACCGGCCACAUGAUUUAUAAGUGUGGCGGUAUUGACAAACGUGUUAUUGAAAAGUUUGAAAAAGAGUCAGCUGAUAUGGGAAAAGGCUCUUUUAAAUACGCUUGGGUUUUAGAUAAAUUAAAGGCUGAGCGGGAACGUGGUAUUACCAUUGACAUUGCUUUAUGGAAAUUUGAGACAAAUAAUUACACUAUUACUAUCAUUGAUGCCCCUGGACAUAGGGAUUUUAUUAAAAAUAUGAUAACUGGGACUUCCCAGGCCGAUUGCGCUGUCUUAAUUGUUGCUGCUGGGACUGGCGAAUUUGAGGCAGGCAUUUCAAAAGAUGGGCAAACUAAGGAGCACGCCUUACUUGCUUACACUUUGGGUGUUAAACAAAUGAUUAUUGCCGUUAACAAAAUGGAUUCAGUUGGUUACAAAGAAGAGCGCUUCAAUGAAAUCACCAAGGAACUUCAAGAUUAUGUCAAAAAGAUUGGUUAUAACCCUAAAGGAAUACCAUUCGUUCCUAUAUCAGGAUUUAACGGUGAUAACAUGAUAGAAGCUUCUACGAAUAUGCCCUGGUAUAAAGGCUGGACCAUAGAACGCAAAGCGGGAAGUAAAACGGGUAAAACCCUUCUGGAAGCCUUAGAUGCUAUAGUUCCUCCGAAGCGUCCUUCUGACAAACCUCUACGUAUCCCCUUACAGGAUGUUUACAAGAUUGGUGGCAUUGGCACCGUCCCCGUAGGUCGUGUUGAAAGUGGUAUUCUAAAGCCAGGCAUGGUGGUGAGAAUUGCCCCUGCUAAUUUAACAACUGAAGUCAAGUCUGUUGAAAUGCACCAUGAAUCUAUUCCGGAAGCUUUGCCUGGAGAUAAUGUUGGCUUUAACGUCAAAAAUGUUUCAGUGAAGGAUAUACAUCGUGGUUAUGUCGUUGGUGAUGAGAAGAAUGACCCGCCUCUUGGCUGCAAGUCUUUUACUGCACAAGUCAUUGUUUUGAAUCAUCCUAGUGGCAUUCAUCCUGGUUACACUCCCGUUGUUGAUUGCCACACCGCGCACAUAGCUUGUAAGUUUGAGGAGUUGGUUGAAAAGGUAGAUAAGCGCACUGGGAAAACUUUGGAAGCCAAUCCUAAAAAUAUAAAGGCUGGCGAGGCUGGUAUCGUUACUUUAAAGCCAUCUAAGCCGCUGUGCGUAGAAGCCUUCAGUGCUUAUCCUCCUCUUGGGCGGUUUGCCGUUAGGGAUAUGCGACAAACUGUUGCUGUGGGCGUUAUUAAGACUGUGGAAAAGCAAGAACCUACUAAGAAAAAGUAGUUAUGAAAAUACUAUAUGUAACUUAUAGAUGCUUAUAAUAAAAAGUU